CUCACAGCUCAGCAGUCUCAGUCCAGAGCAGGUCUGAACCUGACAGCCUGGCAGAGGGGCAUUGCAGAGAGAUGGUCCGUGGCAUGGCCAGCUGAGGGCACGGAGCUGUGGCACCUGCCCCAGCAGCAAGCUUGCCUUCUUUUCAUCCCUUUGUAGUCCAUCCAGGCUGCAAGCCUGUUGAUUGGUGUCACCCACCCCUAGGGUGGGGCUUUCGUCUCCCACAUCAUUGGUCCAGUGUCACACACCCUAGGUCAGCCAGCUUUGACCAAAGCCCCUCUUGUGAGUGCAUGAGAAUCUGUGAUUCAUCUAGACACAAGCCCAUAUCACCAGGUGUGUGAAGAAGUACAAAGAGGCCGUAUCUGUGACUUUGGCAGUUUUAAAAUUGUAGCAGCAGAUUUCUGCAGUCGUCAGUCGGUGGGUGCUUGGGGCUUCCUGAGCCUCUGCUUAAUUCGUGGUGGGUGUGGCCUCAACCCUGCUGCGUUUCCUGGUUUAUUUCCAAGCUGAGGGGGAGCGGUGUGGUGGGUGCCCAGUUGACGUCUCUGUGGAAAGGGGUUGGCUCAGGCUGUAGAGAACCUGCUGUUGGAUUAUCAGUGUAUUCUACAGAGCCAUGGAGGUAGUUUGCAUUUUGACAUACAGAAUGCUCUACAGUAUCACUUUCUGGUUUUAUUUUUUUUAAAUAUUAGAGAACUGACUCCUGUUUCAGGUUUCAGGAGACCUUUAUAGUAUUCAUUUGGUCCAAUGGAUUGUAGAUGAAUUAUUUAAAAUUUAGUUUUUUGAGACUCGCUUGAUUAUCCGGUAGAAGGGCGGCUCACAUUUCUGAUCUGCUCAUUCCUGGGCCAGGCCCUCAGUAAGGGUGAGCACUUAGUUUGCUCUGGACCUUACAAGGAUGCUUUCUGCACGUUCUACGUAUUAUCUCCUUUUAACAAUGCAAAUUAGGGUUAAAGAAUCUACUUGCUCUAAUUGAUUGAAAAGGCGGUCAGUGUUUUAUUGCAUUCAGGAAUUUGAAGGAAAGCUUUUCAAAUUUUGUACUGCUUUGAUUAAUGCCUUUGAGGUCAGAACUCCUGUAGUGGAAAGGCUUACAGGCAUGUCCAGUCAGGGCCCGUGGUUGAACAUACUGUGUUAAAAUCAAAACCUAAAAAAGAGAAAUUUGGUUAGUUAUGAACGUUAACCAUUAUCUGUAUUUUCUGUGUGACCCAAGAUGACAGCUCUUCACUCAGCACAGCCUGGGCAGGCUGGCUGUGUCCCUGUGGGCACAGCUUGGACAUGCUUGAUGGUGACUUGCCAGCAGAAGGUUACGUAAUUGGAAGCUGCAUCAAACACAUCCCGAUUGCAGGUAGAGAUAUUACGUAUUUCAUUCAACAGCUGCUAAGGGAGAGGGAGGUGGGAAUCCCUCCUGAGCAGUCACUGGAGACCGCAAAAGCCAUUAAGGAGAAAUACUGUUACAUUUGCCCUGACAUUGUCAAGGAGUUUGCUAAAUAUGAUGUGGAUCCUCGGAAGUGGAUCAAACAGUACACAGGCAUCAACGCGAUCAACCAGAAGAAGUUCAUUAUAGAUGUUGGGUACGAACGGUUCCUGGGACCUGAAAUAUUCUUUCACCCAGAGUUUGCCAAUCCAGACUUUAUGGAAUCCAUUUCGGACGUGGUUGAUGACGUGAUCCAGAGCUGUCCCAUUGAUGUCCGGCGCCCGCUGUACAAGAAUGUCGUUCUUUCAGGAGGCUCUACGAUGUUCCGGGAUUUUGGACGCCGACUGCAGAGGGAUUUAAAGAGAGUGGUGGACGCCAGAUUAAAACUCAGUGAAGAGCUCAGUGGCGGCAGAAUAAAGCCCAAGCCUGUGGAGGUGCAGGUGAUCACGCAUCACAUGCAGCGCUACGCCGUGUGGUUUGGAGGUUCCAUGCUGGCCUCAACCCCGGAGUUCUUCCAGGUCUGUCACACAAAGAAGGACUACGAGGAGUAUGGGCCCAGCAUCUGCCGCCACAACCCUGUCUUUGGAGUCAUGUCGUAGUGUCUCGUCGCCGUGGAGUCGCCAUUUGCAGCAUCGCCAUCAACAGCUUCUGGUUGGGAGCAGCUGUCCUGUGGAGCCCGAGUGAGCGCCUUGGCCCUGUGUGCGUGGGACACGGCACAUGCAUGAGGCUCGCUCUGCGCAGUCCUGGCCAGCCACCAUUUGUGUGCGACUGACCUCGUGCCCGUCCCGCCCUGAGCUUCUUGUCCGCAGUGCGGUUCUGAAGGAGUUCAAGCGCAGCUUUAAAUAUCCUUAGAGAACAAAAGGCGCAAAGUUGGCCCCCCAGGAAAGAAUGGGGGCGUGAACCCCAAUCCUCCCAGCUUAUUUUUGUAAAUAAAAUGUUAUAAACUUGAAAUACAAAUUGAUGUUUAUAUUUCCUAUCAUUUUGUAUUUUACGGUAUUUGGUACAACUGGCCGAUACUAAGUGCGAGUACAUGUUGAUGUCAUGGAGUGCUGUAUACAAAGUGCUAAAUUGUGAGGCAUGUUACGAUACGUGUAUAGGCCAACAAUAGCAUGGCGAGCCUGCCACGUGUUUGCUAGAACACGAUUGUACUCUGUUGGGGCCCUGAAGGCCGAGCCCUAAACGGCACUGUAUGAGAAUUGCCGCAGACAGCGUGUCUUACUUCAUGUGAGCUUUCUGAAAAUGUUUUACAGAAAAUGAUGGUGAUGUUGGUGAGUGUUGGGUGACAGACUACCUUUCAACACUGUAAUAAAGGCUGU